CACGUACAACAAAUUAUGCUGAACAAAUCUAUUAUUACUAUAUAAAUAUUGCUCGAACUAUUUGCGAUCACAAACCUUGUAUUGUAGAUAACGAACUAUUUAUUGAGAGAAGCACAAUGAGCUACGUAGGUAAAGUGGUGUUGGUUACUGGAGGCAGCGCUGGAAUAGGUGCUGAAAUAGCUGUACAUUUCGCUAGAGAAGGUGCCGACGUGGCUAUAGUUGGGAGAAAUGCUGAAAAUCUUCAUAAAGUUGCAGCCCGAUGCGCGAAAGUAGGCAAACCAGCUUUCGUAAUAAAAGCAGAUCUUUCACAGGAUGAAGACGUGAGAUUUAUUGUGAAAAAGACCGUGGAACGUUGCGACCGAUUGGAUAUCCUUGUUAAUAACGCAGCGAUACUGAAAUCGUCAUCCAUAUUUACUGAGGACUUAAUGGAAGCAAUUGAUGAUGUGUUCAAGGUGAAUCUACGUGCAGUUAUACAACUUACUCAAUCGGCUGUACCACACCUGACAAAGACCAAAGGAAACAUAAUCAACAUAUCAAGCAUAUUGGCUACAUCUACGCUAUCAUAUCCACAGUUUUUACCAUACAGCGUAAUGAAAGCUGGUUUAGAGCACUUUACCAGAUUCUCAGCAUUAGAACUUGCCCCAUCCGGGAUAAGAGUAAACGCCGUAUGUCCCGGACCGGUGAAAACGGAGAUUUUGAACAACGCGGGAAUCGAGCGACCCUGUGAGAAAUUUGAGAAACUAAGUCCCUUGAAAAGGAUCGCACAGCCUGAAGAUGUAGCAGAGGUUGUUUUGUUCCUAGCGAAUGCUAAAAGCGUUACCGGUUCCUAUUAUGUUAUAGAUAAUGGACUUAAGAUCAGCUUUUAACCUUGAAUUGAUAUUUAAACAUAUUUCCAUCGAAAUCAGUACAAAAUUGAUUAAUAUUGUACAACGAUCAUACUAUUCCAAUAAUAAUAUAUUUUUGGUCUGAGGUGAGGUGCAAAAUCUAAUUGCUUUUUCAUUUAAAUUGAUUUAUAAUAGUAAAAUCUGUAAGAGGUGAUAAUCGUCCCAACUGGUUUUUUUUUGUAAAUUUAUAAUUUGCUUUAAAAGGACCAGUUAAUUCUACUAGUUGUGUACUCACAAGCAAAACUAUAGUGUUAAAUCGUUCUGAGAAGUUUAACUUCCUUCGGUUUAUAUGUAUGUAUGUUACUGCUAAA